GUGUUUACCUCCCAUGGACCUACUGUGGUCAUGCCAACCUGGUUCUGUUCUCGAGAAUGGUUUUUUCAUGUGGGAAAAUUUGAUGAGGGUGGAAAGGGUGUUCCAGAAGACCUGUUGUUUUUCUACAAACAUAUCCAAAACGGUGGUGAAGUCUUUCGAGUAAACCACUGCCUCCUGCUGUACCGUUACCAUCCACAGGCUGCCACUCACUCCGUCCUAGAGGGAACCAUCUGGAAUCACCGAGUCAGGUUUCUUGAAGACAGAGUCCUCAGCUCCUGGGCAUCGUUCACCAUUUGGAAUGCUGGCAAGCAAGGCAAGAAGCUCUACAGAAGCUUGUCACCAGCUAAUCGGAAAAAGGUAACUGCAUUUUGUGAUGUGGAUGAAAAGAAAAUAACAAAAGGAUUCUACACAUAUGAGGAAUCUGAGGAGAGACCAAAACCAAGAAUUCCAGUAUGUCACUUCAGACAUGCAACUCCUCCCUUCAUUAUCUGCAUGAAGCUGGAUUUGACAGGUGGAGCAUUUGAAACAAACCUGAACAUGCUGAACUUGAAGGAAGGGGUGGAUUAUUAUCACUUUAACUAA